AUGAAGUACUUCUUUGCCGCUGCCGCCCUUGUGGGUGCUGCCCUUGCUCUGCCAAACACUCCACCACAGUACGGCGACAACUGCCCAAAGCAGGAGUGCCCAGUCUGCCCACCUGAGAAGUACUGCCCCAAGCCAGAGCCAGUCUAUGUAACGAAGCACGAGAUCAAGACAACUACGGAGUACAAGCCGACUACCCAAUACCACACGGCUACGAUCACCCAAAAGGAGCACUGCCCUGAGAAAUAUUGCCCGCCAGCUAAGACAGAAACAAAGACGGUCCCGACUACCGUUACAGUGAAGGAGCACUGCCCAGACAAGUAUUGUCCCGACAAGCCAAAGGAAACAGUCACUGUCACGGCCACCAAGGAGAAGGAAUGCCCUCAUCCAUAUUGUCCACCAAAGGAGACCAUCACGGUCACCGAGAAGAAGGAAUACGGCCACCCAGAGAAGACGGUCACAGUCACAGAGCAUCCGCCCCCAGCCAAGACCGUCACAGAGACCAAGGUCGCCACAGAGACAAAGGUCGUCGAGAAGCCAUGCAAUUACCCACAAAAGCCCAAGGAGGAGCCAAAGCAUGAGCCCGAAAAGCCAAAGGAGCAGCCAAAACACGAACCAGAAAAGCCAAAGGAACAGCCAAAGCAUGAGCCAGGGAAGUACGCCAACUACGGCAAGUACGAGGGCGCCGGUGAGCACCUCCCAGCCGGCUACGGGAAGUACGGUAGCUACGGCAAAUACGACGCUGCUGGAAAGGAGUAUGAGCACAAGCAAUACUAG